AUGAUCUUUUCCUUUCCCUGUCCCUCCAAAUAUCAAGCCUUUCCUCUUUCCUUUGUCUCUCUUCCUCUAUUCUUCCGUGGUAUCAAUAUUCUCCAGGACCUUCCUCUUCCUCUCCCAAUAAUAUCUGUCUCUUUCCCUCUCUUCCUCCUCCUUCCUGUCUUUCCCUCUAUUCAACCCAAACUUCAGCUGCCUCUUCCCUCUCUUUCCUCUCUUCUUUUCCCUUUCCCUCUCAUGAUCUCAGGCCCUCCCUCCUUCCUCAAUGUGUCCCUGUUCAGCUGCCUCUUCUUUUUAAUAAUAAUCCUCUCUUCCUCUCUUUCAACCCCUGAUUCUCUCCCUCUUUCCUCAUUAUUUGACCUUCCCUCUAUUCAACCCCCAGAAUAUCAUCUUCUCCAAUCCCUCUCUUCCUCUCUAUUCGUCCCCCGUGUAAAUUCUCCCUCCUCUUCCUCUUAUGAAUAUCUGUAUAAACCUUUCCCUUCUUUCCCUCUCUUUCCCUCUAUUCAUUCCUAUUUCAGAUUCUGUCCCUUCCUUCCUUCUGUCCCAGAAACUUCCCUGCCUCUUUCUGAUAAUGUUCUCCUUCUUCUUUGUCUCUUUUCCCUCUAUUCAACCCCUGCCUCUUUCCCUUCUUUCUCCUCUUCUUUGUCUCUUUCCCUCUAUUCUCCAGGCCCUCUUUCCUCUUUAUGUAUCUUUCCCUCUCCAGGCCCCCCUUCCUUUUAUGUGUCCCAGAAAAUCAUCUGUAUCUCUUUCCUCAUUUCCUCCCAUGUUCUUUCUGAUGACCUUUUGUCUCUCUUUCCCUCUAUUCAACCUUUAUCAGAUUCUCCUUCUUUCCUCUCUCUGAAUAAACUUCUGUGCCUCUUCCUGAUCUUCCCUUUAAUAAUCUCUUCCCUUUCCCUCUCUUUCCCUCCUCUAUUCCUUUCUUCCCAGGACCUUCCUUCCUCUUAUUCAGGAAACUUCAGCUGCCUCUUCCUUCUAAUAAAUAAGCCUCCCUCUCUUCUUUGUCUCUCUUUCCCUCUAUUCAACCCAUUUUCUAUUUCUUUCCUCAUUAAUGUCCCAGAUUCUCCAAUCCUCCUUCCUCAAUCUGUCCCAGAAAAUCAUUCUCAGCCUUUUCCUCCUCCUUAUUUUCUGUGUCCCAAAUCCUUCUCCUUUCUUUUUCUCUCUUUUCCCUCUAUUCAACCCAUGAAUUCUCCUUCCUCUCCUUUCUUUCAUUCUGUUCCCAUUUUUUCUCAGGUUUCUUCCUGA